AUGGGUCUGACAAGUCCUCAAGCCCCGGAUAGCGAGCAAGGUCUUCAGGUGAUUGUCGACCAGCAGAGCAAUGCUAUCCAGUUGCUCCACGAGGCUUUCGCAGCGGAGCGGCAGGUAUGGAGCCUGGAGAAAGAUCGACUGUAUCAACGCAUUGCAAGCCUGGAGAAGUUGUUGUUAAAAACCAGAGAUCACUAUAGCCCUGCCAAAUCACCCAUUCUGUCACCAUUGAGCGGAGCAAGUACGAGCAGCCACAUCAUUUCUCCACAAGCCAGAGCUGUGAGCAAUGCUUCACGACUGCCCGUCAUUGCGGAGGAUGAAAACCUACCGCCGCUGUCAACUAGGCGUGACGGCGCACCAUCUUCCAUCGAUUUGCCAGGCCGCCCAGCCGUGCCAAACCCAGAGCGGUCAAGCAGAUCGCAAAGAGAGAGCAACAUAUCCUUCGACGAUGACAUUAAAGUCGAAGAGAUUCCAAUCUCGCCACCUAGUACUUCGAAAGUACUGUCACCGCCUCCAGCGAGCAAUCUUGUGUUGGCUGGUCACACUCCGCUCAAAGCACCCAGGCCACCGACUCCACCACCGCAAAGCAUGUUGAUGGACGGCAUGGAGGACACGCCCACGCGGCAUAACACACAUAUCAACACCUACCUCGUCCAGAGUAAUGACGAGGAGGAAGACGUCCCGCUUACAGGACCCCUGAGCAUGCCAGAGCUGCCAAACAAGCCGGAAGAUGGCAACUUUACACUAGAAGUGUUGUCUAAGAGGCUCGAACAAGUGGCCCAAAGUCCGGAAGACUGCAGGCCUACCAUUUUCGCCCAGCCAAGUCCGGGCAUGGUGUCGCCUACCGUAGAGCUAACGACGCAAGAGUCGCUCAAGGAAAGCUCAUCGCAACCAGGAAGCUUGACAGCAUCGGCUGCCGUGUCACCGACAGGAGCCCCCGCGCCGCCUCCACCAUCACAUGAAGUGAAUGGCGUGAGGUUGAAGAAGAAGCCAAGCGUCAACUUUGGCGCGCCGUUCGGUCAGCUUGGCAGCUUUGGUGGGCGGAAGCUGUCUUGA